AUGCAGCAAUUUCGCGAACCUCGCUCUUACACUUACGAUGACCAGGGUAACAGCUACUCUACGGGGCAUGCUUCGCACCACAGCUCCGAGUACUCGCUCACCACGCCUGCCUAUCCUCAGUACGAUUCCUCGGCCUUCUAUUCAUCAACGUCUAUGGGAGGAGCGAAUGAUAGCCAUACGUCGCCCUACUACCGAAGCAUGACACCUUCUCUGUCUCAUACGCGCUACCCCAGCGCUUCACGCGACUCCCGGGGUUACUUCUCUGGAGAUGGCACUCUUCCUUCACCGACCAGCUCUUCCGGCGUCUAUACGUCCAACGGCGCAUACUUCGCCGGGAGCUUUGGGACGAGUCCAGAGCCGCGAACCCAGUUCAUCCCAACACCGUCGGAGAUGGCCAAUGCCUAUAGCAACUACGCGCCUAUGAUCCCUCGAUCCCCUACCGUGCCUCCACCCGACCGUUAUAGCACUGGAUCGGUCAGGGACACUUGGUUCGUCCCCCGCUACCUCUCCAUCUGGGGAGCGUUUCCCCUGCGAAAAGUGUGGCAAGACGUUCUCCAGAUCUCACGAUAG